CUGUAACUGACUUUUUCCAAAAGACUCGAACUGAAGAGGAAAACUCAACUGAACUGAAGAAGUGUUCACUCAAUCCUAAAUUUGUAUAGCUCGUGUACCUUUCUAAUUCAUCAAAAUGACGAAAGGUACAUCAAGUUUUGGUAAAAGGCGAAAUAAGACCCACACUUUAUGCAGACGAUGUGGUAGAAGUAGUUACCACAUUCAGAAAUCACUAUGUGCACAGUGUGGAUACCCACAUAAAAGAUUAAGACAUUAUAACUGGAGUGUAAAAGGAAAGAGGAGGAAGACAACUGGCACUGGCCGUCUUCGUCAUCUUAGGAAUGUGUGGAGGCGAUUUAGACAUGGAUUCAGGGAGGGUGGUCAAGCCAAGCCACAGAAACAUGGAGCUGCUGCUGCUAGUGCAACAUCAAUGGCUAAAUAAAUAAAUAAAAUUCAAAUUUCUACA